AUGUACACUGACAACAAAUGCCUGAGGAUGCGGUAUUUCGUGAGAGGUGACAUCAGUAGGUUAUCAGUAUACGUGACGGGACCGGACGGUAACAGCUUCAGCACGUGGCGCCAGUCAUCUGCUUAUGAUGGAGACGGGCGGGAUGAAGAUGGGAUGGCUGAUGAUGGGCGGACUGAGGAGGAGGAAUCGGAGUGGUCCUCCAUCAAUCUGAACAUUAACAAAGGAUGGCCUUGGUUCAAGGUGUCUUUGGAUGCGUAUGUAGCUGAAGAAGGAGAGGUAGGAGUUGACGAUGUUACUCUCUCCGACGGAUCAUGUAAAGGAGAAGAAGGAGUUUCUCCUGGAUGCGAGCCGAUGAAGUUCGAACGUUGUCUGGACAUGCCUUACAAUUUCACCACCUACCCGAAUGUACUGGGCUGGGAGAGAGAUCUGUCAUUUCACCUCUCCCCGGGAACCUUCCAGGCGUUUGACCAGAUCGCGGACUGCCAUCGUGAUCUGCAGUUCUAUCUCUGCUCGUUCAUCUUCCCUGAAUGUACACCAUCAGGAAUUAGACUUCCAUGCCGUUCGUUCUGUGAGAGCGUCACUGCUGCGUGCGCAGCAAGAGCGAACGCCCUCGGCCUCACCUGGGACCCCAAUGGCUGCCAAAGCUUAUCUAAUGAUCAACCAUACUGUUCUGUACCAGAAGGAGAGGGCUGUCCCGAAGGACAUUAUAAAUGCUAUGGUUCAGGGCAAUGCGUUGGCCCAUGGCAAUUCUGUGACGGAAUACCAGUCUGCCCUUACAAUGAUGAUGAAAGUGAAGAAGCCUGUGGAACAUACAACUGUAUGCCUAUGGACUUCGGGUACUGCCAGGGUGUGAUCAACUACACCAGCGCAUUCUUCCCCAACUACUACGGCCAGGAGAACGUGACAGUGAUCGAACAAUCAGACGUCCACCAGCUAGCUGUCAGUUUUGCCGAUACAAAUUGCCAUCCUGAUAGCAACUUAUUCUACUGCCACUUGGUGGUUCCGGAGUGUAUCGAGGAUGGGGUCCGAGGCAAACCAGUUUGUCGCGCCGUGUGUGAAGAAGUGCGGCAGGAGUGUUCAGACGAAGUCGACGCUUUGCAAGUCCCAUUAACCAAAGAAUGGUGCUACGCAACGUUCCCUGACUCUGUCCACAAUGACACCUGCAUACUUUUUAAAGGAGUCAACUGUACAUUCGACUACGACUUCUGCAACUGGAACCAAGUUGCGUCUGGAAGUGCAAAUCAGCCAUGGAUGCAAGUAGCCAGCUCUCCAGGACAAGGAAAGCAUGUAGCUUCCAGUGCUUCAUCGUCGCAACUGCUCGUCAGCCCAAGGAUCUAUACAGAUGACAAGUGCAUGAAGUUCCAGUACAAGCUGACAGGAGGUGACAGCAGGGUCCUUGUCAAACUGAUGGGGCCAAAUGGCGUGUCCUGGAACGCCUGGAACACGACAACCUCCAGGUCUGUGAGCAACAACUGGACCACCGCGAGCAUCAGCAUCAGGACGGGUCUAGACUCAGUCCAGGUGUCAAUUCAGGCAUUUGUAGAUGGUGAUGGCGAUGUUAGUAUUGACAAUGUGACCCUGUCUGAUGGCCCAUGCCGCGAAGAAAAAGCCAAGUGCGAACCGAUCAUGAUAGACGUUUGCCAAGGCGUUGUGCCGUACACUGCAACACUGUUCCCAAAUCUACUGGGCCACAGUUCUCAACAGGCCUUCUUAAGUGAUCCAGACAGUGUCAAUACCGUUAACCUUUUGAUGAACAGUAACUGUCAUCCUGACAUAAGGUUUGCUGUGUGUUCUGCACUGGUUCCAAACUGCGUGAACUCAAAACAGCUGCCACACUGUAGAGGUUUUUGUAAUGAAAUCAGAGCAUCCUGCCAACCGAUGCUGGCGAUGGCUGAUCAGGAGUGGCCUUUUGAAUGUGAAAUAUUCCCGUUUGAAUUCCAAGGAGAAUGCACGACACCGUCGCCAGCUCAAUGUGAGCCAAUUGAAAUCGGCAUGUGCAGAAAUGCUGUGCCAUACAACACCACCACGUUCCCCAACCUGCUGGGCCAUGUUUCCCAGCAAGCUUUCCUUACCGACCAGGACAGCGUCAACACAAUCACCGCUCUGAUGAACAGUGGCUGUCAUCUUGAUGUUCAAUUUGCCGUCUGCUCUGCGCUGGUGCCAAACUGCGUCGGCUCAAUGCAGAUACCUCCAUGCCGAGACUUCUGUAAUGAUGUGAGAGAAAGCUGUGAACAGAUUCUUACGCAUAGCGGAGAGAUGUGGCCAUUUGAAUGUAACGAUUUUGCUCCCCAGGGUAGAUGCACUUCACCCUAUCCAGUCAAGGUCUCUGCCGCCUUAACUUUGCCCGAUGAAGUCUUCACUGCGGACCUUAACGACAGGAAUACUCAACAGUACCGGAUGCUUGCAGCGACUUUGGAACGAGAGAUACCCAAAGCUUUUAGAGGCAUUUACAGCUCUAGUCGGGCAACUGUGAGAAACUUUCGCCCGGGGAGCGUAGUUGCCACUGUUGACAUGGAGUUUGAGAACACUGGCCAGGCCCCAGAAUCGGCUGAGGCUGCGAUAGAAACUCUCCAACAGUACAUCAGCGAUAAACGAGGACGUCUUGGUAGCUUGACUGUGAGCCAAGUCGUCGGUGUACCUCCAGAUAACACAACUAGACCAUGCGACGGAAACCCGUGCGGAGAGAACGGAGACUGUGAGGAGCUAGAUGGAGAGUUCGGGAUGGUUGGCUAUCGUUGCACCUGCCAAGACGGCUUUACUGGAUACAGCUGUGAAAUACGCAUUGUCGGAAGAUGCCACGAACAUAUCCAGAGUGUCCUGGUAGAACAGGAUGGUUCUCUUGCUGUCGGAGUGUAUUUACCGCAAUGCCAAGACGACGGUAGUUACGAGAACCUACAGUGCCAUCCCAGUACCGGGUACUGCUGGUGUGUCAUCGCUGAUGGGACAGAGAUCCCUGACACACAAACCCCGCCUGGACAGGACCGUGCAGACUGCGAGGCCGCUAUGAGUGUAGAUUUGUAUCCAUAUGGCCCGGGACAAGGAGACACGGUUGUGUAAUUGUGCGA